AUGGAAGAUAAAAUAAAUAAACUUUUUGCAUUAUUCAAUGAUUUCAAGAAUCAGUAACUCUUUAGCUUAGCUUUGGCCUAAAUAGUGAAUGUCUAUAAUGACUAUCCUGCCUGUCUUUAUUAAAUAUUAAGAAAAACAAACAAAUUAAUAUAUUCAAGAGCUUAAGACCCUCGUCUUCGUUUGGAGCAUUCUUAAAUUGCUGCUGCAAUAAUUGAAAGAACAUAUAAAAUCUAUAAGUAAUUUAUUUGUUAAUUAAAAUAGUGAACGACUUGAAGAAUAUCUGCUAUCAUCAUCAAAUGACUCAAUUCCUGAAAAUUUAUUUCAUUUUGAACCAAUAUUAGAUCAAUAAAUUGAUGAUGUUAUGCAAUAAGAAUAAAUUAGAGAUUAUGAAGAAAUAAAAUCAAAUAUUAAGUUAAAAAGUGAAUAAAUUGAUUUUAUUCAUCUAAUCAAUGAUGGAAGUGCAAUUCUUGGAAAAGACUAAAAAUAUUUAAAAAGAUCAUAAGAAAAUAAAAACUAAAAAUUAGAUGAUGAGACACUUGACAUAAAAUAAGAAGAAAUUAUGAGAUUAAUGGGUUUGUCUGGAAAUUUCAAUCUUUCAAAUAUUACCAGGUUAUUAGAAUUCAUGCAAGGAGAUGCUGAGAUACCUAUUGAUAUGCAUUCAUCAUCAGAUGAAAUUGUAGAAAGUUCUAGUGAUGAUGAUGCAGUAGGCCAAUAUAGAAAAAGAAAUAAAACAAAAAGCAAAUAACCAGAAACUAAUCUUAAAAAAAAACCAUCUACUUAAAAGAAGAAUCAAAUUACAAAGUAUUGUGUAAUAAAUCCAUUUAAUGUGAUUUAUAAUAGAGCAGUCUAUGAAUUAAUGAAUCAUAAAUGGUAAGAAAGACAUUCUAGCGCUUUAGUUUUGAAAUCUAUAGUUAGGCAAAAAGGGUUUUUAAAUUUAGGAUUUAGUUAUAUGAUAAAAGGCGAUGAAAAGGAAAUCAAUGGUAUUUUAAGAGCCAGUUUAAUAGAAUAUAUUAGUGAUAAAAAUGGAUAAUUAAAUAAAUUAGAAUAUCUAUUAACAAGAUGUUGUGUUUUAAUUGUAAUGGAUAGAUUUGCAGAUUAUUUUGGAAAUCAAACUAUUAUGAUUGUAAGAGAAGCAGCAUGUUAAACUGCUAUUACACUUUUAACAGAUAGAAAUUAUAAUACAAAUAUUUGGAUACAUUAUCCUGAUAGUUUUAUGAAAUUUGUUCUUUUAUUGAAAAAUUUUAUUGAAGAAGGCUAGAGAGUAUAAAUUUAUGAAGUUUCUUAAAGUGCUUUAUUCUUAGUAAAAGGCUUGUUAAAAGAUCAUUUAUAAGUCAUUUUUGAUAAUUUUUCAGAAAUGUUAUUAUAUGUAGGUUAGAGAGAUAAUGAGGAUGAAAUUCUUGAAUUAUUAGCAGAUAUUUGGAAAGAAUUUCUAUCUUUAGGUAUAAAUUAGAAAUAUUAUAAUACUGUUUAUCCAAUUACUAUGGAAUAAUUAAAAAAAUAAGAUGAUAUUAGUUUUGCUGGAAAAGCUAUUUUCUAAUUUUUAAGCGCUCUUUUUGAAGCAGGUUUUAAAAUUACUAAAUAAUUUUAAGGAGAAAUAGAAAUUUUGAAAAAGUUCUUCUUUCAUAGAAUUGUUGAAGUUAAAGAAUCAUUUUAUAAAUAUUUAUUAGCUUUUUCAAAAUAAUAAACUUAAAGAUAAAAUGAUCCGAGAACCAUAAAUUAUAUGAAAAUUAUAUUUUAAACUGGAGUAUUUGAAGAGAAACUUGAGACAUUUUAAAAUUUAAUGAAUAUUCUUGAAUAAUUAUCUAAACAUUUAGAUGAAGAUUAGCUUUAAGAAUUUAUUUAAUUUGUCCACAAUUUUUCUACUGAUCAUUAAUUUAAGAAAUAUUUCUUUCUUUUUGAUGGUAUUAAACGAGAAUCUUUAGAAAUACAUUAUCCAAAUUUAGCUCAAUAAAGUUUAAAUCCCAUUGAUAAUCAGACAUAUAGAAUGAUUAAAUCUGCAUAUUUAAUAAAAGAUAUUAAUUAUGAAUACUAAAUAACAGCAGAUUUAGAUCCAAUAAAUUUUAUUUAUACUUUUAGAAAUUAUAUAAAUAAUAGAAAAGAUUUAAAUUAAGAAGUUGAUAUCACACGUUAAAAUGGAUCUUGUUUUGAUGAAUUAGAUCUUAAAAUUUAAGUAUCAAUGCAAUAAUUAAAUAUUUUAUUGAAAAAUUACAUGCAAAUAGAAAAAGAAUAAGAAUAUUUAGCAAUUAUAUAAGGAUUUGUUAAAAUAUAUGGAGAUUUUGCAAUAGCUCCAGCUCAUUCACAAAAGCUUAGAUAACUUUAUCCAAUAAUUCUAAAUUAAUUAAAGUAAUUGAGUCAGAUUGAUUAUGAAAUGGAUUAAGAAUCAAUUUAGAAAUUAUAAGAUACUACAUCAGAUUUAGUUUAGAGUCUUUAAUCAUUUACAAAAUUGAGUAAUGAGUUAAGUUUGAAUUUUAAAGUAUUAACUUCGGAUCAUACUGAAUCAUUGAUUCAAAGAAUAAGGUAAAAUUGUUAUUUAUUUAAGAAUAGACAAAUUUCACUUAAUCUAAGAUAUUGCAUCAGAAAGAUUGUCCAGAUAAAUGUCUUAAAAUCCAAAUUGCUGUGAUUUAACAUCCCUUUAUGUUAAAUAGAGUGCUUAAUAAACAGUUUAAUAUAUUCUGUCAUAAAAGAAUGAAUUAAAAAGUAUAAAUAUUGUAAUAUAAUUUAGGGAAGGAUUAUGGUAGAAAAAGACUUAUAUGGCAUUUGCUCAAAAAUUAAGUUGAUUUCUAAUCUUGGCAUCUCUUUUUUGAAAGGCUUUUCUUAUAAUAAUUAAAUUAUAUUCCUAAUGAUUUAAGACUUAAUUAAAAUUUAAUGACUUAAACAUCAAAAUUAACAAUAAGAGUUGAAGAUUUGAAAUAUAAUUUAUGGGGAAUUGGUCUAAUAUAAAAUGCUUAUUCAUAUUUUUAGUAAAAUGCUGAACAUCCUGAUUUUGAUAAAUGGGUACAAUAUUUGUUAUCAAAAUUAUUAAAUUAUUUACCAGUCUUAAGUAAUAUUAGUGAUGAUGAUAAUAAUAAAAUUAUUUUAGAUGAUUAGAAAGGAGGUAUAUUAUUAGAAUUUGAUUAAACAUUUAAAAAAGUAUUUACAUUAAAAAAUACAUUGUUUAAACUCUGUGCAAAAUUUAUUAAUUAUUUAGCUGUUUCUAAAAAUAUUAGUGUGUUUGAUUAAGUUAUAAUUUAAAUAAAUUAACUCUUAAAAAAGAAUGAAAAUGGAAUAUAUGAUAUUUUGAAUAUAAUUUUGAAAGAAUAUCCCAUAUCUUUAGCCCCUAUAAGUGGUUUUUUAACAUUGAAAGCUAUUAAAAAGUUAACUGCAAAAGAUCCUAAUAUAGCAUAAGCAGCAAGUAAAUUGUUUGGAUUUUUAAUUCCAAUAUUAACAAUAAUGGAAGUACCAUAUUGUCCGAUAUCAUAAUCUUUGAUUAGUAAGUUUUAAAAAGCAAAGGAAUUUUAAUUAGGUUUUGGUAAGAUGACUAAAGUAGAAUAUAAAAUUGAAGGAGGUAUAAAGGAUCGUUCAAUUCUAAGAGAUUAUUAAUGGGAUGGUAUAAGAUGGUUAGGAUUUCUAAUUAAAUAUAAUUUACAUGCUGCAUUAUGUGAUGAUAUGGGAUUAGGAAAAACAAUAUAAACAUUAGUUGUUUUAGCAAAUGAAGUAUUUAAAAGAAAGAAUGAAAAUUUGAUUUCCCUUGUUGUUGCUCCAAGUACAGUUGUAGAUCAUUGGUAUGCGGAGACAAAAAAGUAUAUAAGUAAUUCUGUUUUAAAACCACAUAUAUAUGAUGGUGUCUUUUAAGGAAAUCUCAUUAUGGUAUCUUAUAAUUAACUACUUAAACUAAAUCAAAAUUUUCUUAAUCAAGAGUUUUAUUUUCUCAUUUUAGAUGAAGCUCAUAUAUUAAAAAACAGUAAAAAUAAGACAAGUAAAGUCAUACGAAGCUUAAAAGCAAAACAUAAAAUUGUUUUGUCUGGAACUCCUGUUUAGAAUCAUCUUUUAGAAUUGUGGUCACUUUUUGAUAUUUUAUUACCAAAUUAUUUAGGAGAUGAAGAAUAUUUUAAAAAGAAUUUCUCUAAAGCAUUUCACACUAAUAUCUUUUCAUUAACUGAAGAUGAAAUCUUAUUUGAUGAAUAAUAAAUUAAAACAUUAAGAUUACUCCAUAAGAAAGUAUUACCUUUUAUAAUGAGAAGAACUAAAUAAGAUGUAUUACCUUAAUUACCUGCUAAAAUUAUAGGAGAUUAUUAUUGCUCUCUAUCAGAACCAUUGCAAUCUUAAAUUUAUCAAAUUUUAGAAUCAAAUUCAUUUUCAAAUGAUAUUGAAUAAUAAAUUACUAAAACUUAAGGAGAGUAAAAAAAUAAAGUUUGUGAAUCUGUUCUAAAAUUAUUACAUAAAUUGAGAUAAGCUUUAGAUCAUCCUAUAUUAGUCAAAAGUGUAGUUUUAUAAAAUAAAAGACCUAAGAAAAAGGUUAAGACUGAGAAUAUUGAAAUGCUUGCUGAAUAAGAAAUAAAUUAAUUGUUGGAUAAAUAAGAAAAACCAGAAAGUUAUUCUCAUUCAGGAAAGAUGAUUGCUUUGAAAGAUAUUUUAUAAUAAUUAGGAUUUCAAUCAACAGAUGAUACACCUUAAUAGUAACCUUAAGGUGAUUAAAUUACAAUAUAUACAAAUUUUAAUAAAGUCUUAGUAUUCUCUAGAUUUAGAGCUGCCUUAUAAUUAAUAGCUGAAUAAUUAUUAAAAACCCAGUUUCCAGGAUUAUAAUAUUUAAUUUUAGAUGGAAGUGUUCCAUAAAAUUAAAGAUUUCCUUUAGUAACUAAAUUUAAUGAAGAUCCAGAUAUAAGAGUAUUACUACUAACAACAUAAGUCGGAGGUUUAGGAUUGAAUUUAAGUUCAGCAAAUAUUGUAAUAAUGUUUGAUCAUGAUUAUAACCCUGUUAAUGAUCAAUAGGCUAUGGAUAGAGCUCAUAGAAUUGGAUAAAAAAAUGUUGUUUAAGUUUUUAGAUUGAUUGUUAAAGAUACCUUGGAAGAAAAGAUUAUGGGAAUUCAAAGAUUUAAAUCUGCAAUAUCUAAAGCUAUUGUGAAUUAAGAUAAUGCUUCAUUAAAACAAAUGGAAAAAACAGACUUAUUAUCUAUGUUGGAAUCUAAUGCUUAAGGAAAUAAUAAAGGUAUUAUAAUAUUUUUUAUAUUUUUUAGAAAAAAAUUCUGAAGAAGAACAAAUUGAAAAGUUAAGUGGUCCAUAUUCAAAGAUUUUAGGAUAACUUAAAUUAGAUUUAUUAGAAUAACUUAAUUUUGACAAAGAAUAUUGA